AACAGACUGUUUUGUAUUCGAAAUUGAUAUGUUUCUGUAUUUAGAUAUAUAAAAAGCACAGAAUAAAACAUGAUUUUGAAAUAGUCUUUACUUAAAUGCCUCAUAAGGGAAAACAAGGUACUAAAGGACAAAAACAGAUUGUAGAAGAGAAUAAAGAGACACUAAAAUUCUACAGUAUAAUGGCAGGAGUAGCUGAAAUAUUAUACAUUGCUGUUAUGAUUUUAUUAUUUUGGGAUUCAUUUACAAUAUUGUAUUGGUUUUUAACUCUGUUCACCAUAGGAGUAUUUUUUGGAAGUUUACAGUUUAUGACAUAUAUGGCAAGGCCUGUUUAUUCUGAUACAGGUUCCAUAAUAGAUGGUGGAAUUGAUUUAAACAUGGAAGGAGGAAUUUCAGAGCACCUGGAAGAGCAUUUUAUCUACUAUGGGUAAAUAUAAUUGGACCAUGGAUUUUUCAACCUGCUCCCGAAAUUGAUGAAAAGAAACAGAAAAAAUUAGAAAGGAAGGCACGAAGACAUUAAUUUAAGAAUUUGGUUGUUAAUUUAAUUUGAUAUUUACUCAGAUUAGAAAAUUUUCAA